AUGCCCGUUGGUGAUCCUUCAUCCAGCAAAAACUUGCCGCGUAGGCUUGCAAAUCCUAAGUAUGGGGCUGGGUCCAAGAAUGGGACGAAAGCGUGGGCUUCAAAUUCUACUAAUGUUUUGAAUUUUAAGAAUAGGCCCACUUCGAGUUCAAGCCCAAGUUCGGCCAAACUUUCUGUGGAUAGUUUUAAGGCAGCAGUGGCUUGUUUAAAGCAAGAUAAUAGCCCAUGCCUGGCUCCCCGUGUUCCCAUAGCCCAUCCGUCCUCAGUGAAAAGCAAGAAACAUUUGGCUAGAAAAUUAGCCUCUGUAACUUUACCUAUCACAGCUGCCUCUCCAUGUGGGGAAAGUUCAGAGAAGAAAAUCACCAACCCGCCCUUCACCCAACCUUCUGCUUCUUGUUCUGUUCCCAACAUUACCGCCAGCACCACUUUUGAAUUCUCGGCGACUACCAAUGUCGAGAUCGGAUCUUUUGUUAAUAGAGAAAAUGAUCGGAAUCUGCAAAUCCAAGUUAUCGGAGAGAAGAGUCACGCCGAUGAGCACAUGGAGUUCGAUGAAGGAGUUCAGAUUGCUUCCAGAGCUCAGAUAGUGAAGUUGGGAGCCUUGCUGAAGUUCAUAUGGUGUCCAAUGGUGGAUGCCUUGCUGAAGAUCGAUCAUAUCCGUAAUUUAGUCCAAGAGCAUAAUCCGGCCAUUCUUAUGGUUAUUGAGACGAAGCUAGGGGGUGAUAAAGCGAAGCCAAUCACUGAUAGAUUGUCGUUCGACGGUGCCAUCCACACAAAUACCAUUGGACUCUCUGGUGGUCUAUGGCUUCUUUGGAAUGCUGACUUAGUGGAAGUGGAAUUACUUGCAAAGACAGAGCAGGAAAUUCACGUUGAAGUUAAGUUGCCGUGGGUCAUAGCUGGCGAUUUUAAUGAGCCGUUAAUUGAUGAGGAUAAAUUCGGAGGUAGAGGUGUUAAUAUAAAUCGAUCUCUGGCUUUUAAGGAUUGCUUUGAUAGAUGUAGUAUGGUGGAUAUGGGAUUUUCGGGUCCCAGAUAUACUUGGUCUAAUAAGAGAGAUAUUAGCUAUUUAAUUCUUGAAAGGAUAGAUAGAUUUUUCAUGAACCUAGAUUGGUGCGUCAUUUACCCGAAUGCCAGAGUAACCCACCUUCCUAGGUGUCACUCUGAUCAUUGCCCUGUUCUCAUGGAAGCGUCACCAGUCAGUACAGUCAAGCUCAUCAGGCCAUUCCGGUUUCAAGAAUUUUGGCUUUCUGACAUCUCCUUUCCCAACAUUGUUUCCAAAGCUUGGAAUGGGAAUAGAGAUUUAUCAGAGUCCAUUGAUUGUUUCUCUAAAGAGGCUUCUGUGUGGAACAGAAACCACUUUGGCAACAUCCAUCUGAGGAAAAGGAGAAUUUUGGCUAGAAUUUAUGGCACUCAGAAGGUGCUGUCCAAUAAUCCUAGCUCCUCUCUUAUUUGUCUUGAGAAGCAGCUCCUUAGUGAAUUGGAAACUAUUUUAGACCAAGAACGUGAUCUUUGGCUGUUGAAGUCUAGGUUGAACUGGAUGAUCCAAGGGGAUAGGAACACCUCUUUCUACCAUGUGUCUACCCUUGCUCGAAGGAAAAGAAAUCACAUUGCGGCAGUCAAAGAUGAAAGGGAGUGGCAUGUUAAGCUGUCAGAGGAGGUCAAGCAGUCGAUUGAUGUCAUGGUUUCCACAGAAGAAAUUAAGGAGGCUCUCUGGUUCAUGAAACCUUACAAGGCCCCGGGUCCGGAUGGGUUACAUGCUGGCUUUUACCAAAGGUUUUGGCUUAUUGUGGGGGAGUCAGUGAGGAAGGAGGUUGAAAAAGUCUUCACUACUAGGAAAGUUCCCGAGUAUCUCAACAACACUCAUAUUGUUCUCAUUCCUAAGAUUCAAGGUCCGGAAACUAUUGGGAACUACAGACCUAUUAGUUUAUGCAACUCAGUCUACAAGAUAAUCACCAAGAUUUUAGUUGCUAGAAUUAGACCUCAUCUAAACAAGCUUGUUUCGCCUUACCAGAUUGCUUUCGUCCCAGGAAGGAGAGGUGUUGAUAAUGUUAUCAUUGUCCAAGAAUUAAUUCACACUAUUGGGAGAACCAAAGGAAAUAGAGGGAUCAUGGCCAUUAAGAUCGAUUUGGAAAAAGCCUAUGAUAGAAUUGAGUGGAGCUUUAAUAGGAAGAUGCUCACUCGUUUUAAUUUCCCAGAAAACCUCAUUAAGCUUAUUAUGAGUUGUGUUACCACUGUGUCCACUUCCCUUCUCUUGAAAGGUGGCAGUCUUGACCCUUUCCUACCCUCAAGAGGUAUUAGGCAAGGUGAUCCUCUCUCCCCCUACCUAUUCAUCCUUUGCAUGGAGUUUUUGGGCCAUUUAAUAGAGGAUAAAUGUGUUGCCAAGUUAUGGACCCCUGUUAAAGCUUCCAGAAGUGGGUCGGCUUUUUCGCACCUUUUCUUUGCUGACGACUUGGUCCUUUUUGCCAGUGCGACUCCUGAAAACUGUGCUGCCAUCAAUUCUGUCCUUCAAGAUUUUUGCAAUAAAUCUAGGCAAAAAGUCAGUGAAGCUAAAUCCCGUGUUUUCUUUUCUCCUAAUAUCGACCCGGAUCAAAGAGAUGUUUUAUCUAGCAUUUUGGGAUUCAGUGCUACUACCAACUUGGGCAAGUAUUUGGGUUUUCCUAUAAAUCACCCAGGGAGGCAGAGGCAUGAUUUUGGGUUCAUUUUGGAUAGGGUUAAAAAGAAACUUGCUGGUUGGAAGGCCAAUCUGCUCUCCAUGGCGGGUAGAAUGGUUCUUAUCCAAGCAUCAACUUCAGCCAUCCUAGCUAUGUAA